AUGUCCGCUACUAGCAUCCCCCACGGAGAACCGGUCGCUUCUCUCAAGACCAUCGACUUUGAGAAAAUUUUAUCCAACGAUCCGCAGACUGCCCAGGAGCUCCUGGAGGCCGCACGAGCGCCCGGCUUCUUCUUCGUUGACUUACGAGGCCCCAAUUCCGCAGGGAUGCAGAAUGACCUCGAGGCCCUAUUCGAGCUCUCGCAGGAAUAUUUUGCGCAGGGCAAGGCGAUCAAGAACACACACUUCCGUGCUGACGUUGAUCGAGGGUACAAGGGUGGUGUCGGGCAUGAGUCCUUUGAGAUCGCCCGCGACGAGCUCUCCAACGAAACGCUCGCCUUUCCAGGCGUCCUAGCCGCCCACUCCUCCACCCUGACCCGCUUCUCACAGCAAUCAGAUUUCGUCACCAAGAAACUACUAGCCUCCCUAACCAGGUCCCUGAACAAGCAGUGGGCCCAGGACCUCGACGCUCCCAGCCCCUCCGGAUUGAAAUUCAUCUCGGCUCCGACCAGCGAGACGCGCUCUGCAGCCCCUGACACGACGCACACCGACGGAGGCAUCUUGACCCUCCUGUGGUGCCCACAGCUGUCGAGCCAGAUCCUAGACCCGCAGACAAAGGAGUGGGGCUGGGUCGAACCGAGGGAGGGCUGCACGCUUGUGAAUGUUGCUGAUGCACUGCAGAUCGAGACAGGUGGUGUCUUGCAUUCGUGCAUCCAUCGUGUUUCCCAGCCGGGUGAUGGGGUUGAGGAAAGACAUUUUAUUAGUUACUAUCUUAGACCAGGGACGGCUUGA